AUGGGUACCGAAAAUAUCGAGGAAAUGGUUCUUACGCUCUACAAUCAAGAAAAAUGGACAGAUAUCGUGGAAUUAGUUUGUAGCACGAAUGAAUUUGAAAAGUGUCGAUUAUUUUGGGUUCUACCAACCAUGAACGAUUUAUGUUGGAUCAAAGACAUAAUCGACAUGCACAAUGUGAGCGGAUUAACAAGUAUAGGUUGCGGAUGUGGAUUACUAGAGUGGUUGUUCCAAAAGUACUCCGGGUUGGAAGUUGUCGGUAUAGAAUUAGAUCGAUCCUGGUGGUGCAGUAAAUAUUCUCCACCUACCUUCUUGACGAAUAUGCUUUUUGUUCAUGAAAGUAAUACAAAAAGCCUUCGCGUACCGGAAAAUCAUGCCCUUCUAUUCUGUUACUUUAAUAACGCGUCGGCGUUUUGCGACUACAUUAAAAAUUACAGAGGAAAACUUGUUUUCGUGGUCGGGCCCAAGGAAGAUCAACAUCGUUGGACGGAUCCAAUGCCUUUCGACAAAAAGUUUAACGAUUACGGUUGGAAGUUACUAAGUAAGAAAGAAAUUGAACGAUCCGACGAUUACAUUACAGUUUACGGCAGAUGA